UGCAGUCAAAGUUCAAGUUGUAUUCAAUGUAUCGUCAUUUAGUUUCUUGGUCAUCAUGAAAACGUACGUGGUGCUGUGGUUUUUGUAUAGUUCAGUGACUUGCCGGACUAUAUUUUGGGAAGAAAGUGCGCCAUCUGUGCAAUCUGUGCGCGAAUUUCUGACGCGUUAUGGCUACCUUCCUGAAAGAGAAAAAGGCAUUGACUUCACGUAUACAAAACAGGCGAUCAUGGAGGGAGUCCGGAAAAUGCAAACUUUCGCGGGCUUACCGCCGACCGGGGAAAUAGACGAAGCGACAGUAAAACUAUUUCGAAAGAAAAGAUGCGGUGUAAAAGAUAUCCUUCCUAACAAUAAAUCACAUCGGAAUAAACGAUACAUCCUUCAGCAAGGUUGGGACAAGAAGACCAUAACUUAUAGCGUAUUAAACGGAUCGAGUACGUUAGAGAAAUCUCGAGUAGAAGCGAUCAUGGAGGCGGGGCUGGCCGUGUGGGCGCCGCACGGGGGGCUCACCUUCCUGCGACAUGAUUCCAAGCCUGAUAUACAAGUUUCUUUUGUUAGCAGGGACCAUGGGGAUGGAUUUCCCUUCGACGGUCCAGGCCGAGUGGUGGCCCACGCGUUCCCCCCUCCCCACGGUGCGAUGCACUUCGACGACGACGAGUUCUGGGGCGACAACCCUGACGAGGAAGACGAUGACGUCACUGAUUUCUUUGCAGUCGCAGUACAUGAGAUUGGUCACGCGCUAGGGCUGUCACACUCAAAUGUUAAGGCGUCUGUUAUGUACCCGUACUACCAGGUUCCUGUUGAGAAGUUGCAUGAAGACGAUAUUUUGGGGAUGCAGGAGUUAUACUCAUCAAUAAACAACGAGCAUUCAGCAGAAGAGUCAGAGGAAACAACAGAAGCGGUUCAAACGAGGUCGUCUUUAGUGCCUCGCUUCACGAAAGCAGAUAGCGAUGAAGAUGACAUACCGGAUCUGUGCUUCACGAACUAUGACACGAUACAGGUUAUACAGGGCAAGAUUUUCGUGUUUGAAGAAGAGUGGAUGUGGGUGUUAUCGGACAGAAAAAUGAUACUAGACGGAUAUCCCAAACGGUUCCACGACGUAUUCAUUGGCCUGCCGAAGUACAUUGGCGUCAUUAAAACUAUUUACGAGAAACGGAAUGGACAUAUUGUUAUAUUUUGGAGUCGCAGCUACUGGGAGUUCAGUUCCCGCUUUCGUUUAAUAAAGCGCGGGAGGAUAACGGAAUAUUCGAUUCCACAACACGUGGCUGAAUUAACCUCAGUUUUUAUAUCAGACUAUAAUAAUAAAACAUAUUUAAUUGAGGAUGAAAGGUUUUGGAGAUUUGAUGAAGAAACACGGCUUAUGGAUAAGGGAUAUCCUAAAGAAAUGUCUGCGUGGAGAAAGGUGCCUUAUCCCGUUGAUGCAGCCAUUGUAUGGAAAGGCGAUACCUACUUCUUCCGCGGGCCUCGUUUCUGGCGCUUCGACGACAGACUAGUCCAAGCUCAUGAGUACUACCCGCUACCAACAGCACAAAUCUGGUUCCCCUGUGACCCUACGCCAGAAAUGUCACGGUACAUCACUAAUGACGAACCAUAGACAACCACAGUAGGUAAACAGAAUUAUAAACAGUACGGAAACUUUCUAACAAAACGAAACGGUUGACUAUUAAGUUAUAAAGAACGUAAUUUGCACAAAGUGUAGCUACCGUUCUUAUCUGUUUACCGUGCAAAAGUUGUGGAGUUAUAGAUGGUUAUAGACAAGCUUGUGUAACUCUACAAGACAGGCUAGGUGUUACCAAAAAUAAUAUAAGCUAUUUUUAAUCCAUGUAAGGUUUAUUAUGUAAAUUGCUUUAAUUUGUUACGUAUAAUAUGUUGUUAAUAAAAUAUUAAUUAAGA